AUGGCCUCUCUUGGUGUUGUGGAUUUAUUCAAUGUUAAGGGACGCGUUGCGGUUGUAACUGGUGGAAGCAGUGGGAUAGGUUUAAUGAUCUCCAAGGGUUUGGUGCAAAAUGGAGCAAAGGUUUACAUAGUAUCCCUACCAAGCGAUCCCAUCACCGAAGUGGUCAAGGAACUGAAUUCGUUGGGGCAAAAGACGGGUGGACAUGCCGAAGGACUGGCAUGUGAUCUCUCAUCUAAAGACUCGAUAAAGGAGCUUGGCGAGAAAAUAUCUCAAACAGAGAAAACACUGGACAUGCUCAUCUCUAAUGCCGGAGUCCGUCGUGAUCCUCCACAAUCCUGCAAUGUACUUACGGCACCCCUGGAAGAACUACAAGCUUCAAUGUGGUCUAUCAGACAAGAGGACUGGGAGGACACAUUUCGUGUUAACACUACCGCCCAUUAUUUUCUCAGUGUCGCACUCCUACCCCUACUUGCCGCGGCUGCCAACCAGUCCAGAGGUGAUGGAGUCAAGGGUCGAGACGAAGGCCGAGGAGUGAUUGUGGUUACAAGUUCCUGUGCAAGCAUGCAUAAUGUGACAAAUGUGGAUCUUACAAGCUACGCAACAAGCAAGGCAGCCACCGACCACCUGGUAAAGUUGCUGGCAGCUAAGUACAAUAGAUUCUAUGUGCGUGUGGUGGGAAUUAACCCUGGAUUUGUUCCGAGCAAUAUGAAUCCUGUUGGUGCCGAAGGCAACAUCUUCAGCUCCUUGUUCGACAAGGUACCAGCGAAGAGGGCAGGAGGCUCCGAAGAUAUAGCUGGAACAAUCUUAUAUUUAGUGAGCAAGGCAGGGUCAUAUGUGGAUGGGGUCUCUCUGUGUGUGGAUGGUGGGCGAAUCUUGCUAGCGAAUGGACAGGAGUGA